CUUUUUGAAAUAUAAUAAACGUAAUUUAUUCAUUGAAUUACGUCACGGGUUUAAAAGUACGUAGGAAGAAAAUAAAGAAAAGAAAAAUAGAGGGUAAUGCGGAAGAGAUAAAGAUGUGGGAAACAGUACACUAUCGGAAACAAAGGAGAAGGUAGAAACAGUUAUGAGGGUUGGAUUAAGAUGGAGCGUGCAUAGAAUAAAUAAAUUUUUCCAGAGGAGGAAGCACCUCGGCGAAGAUGAUUGUUGAUGGUUUAGCAGCGGUUGGCACACCAAUAGAAUAAAUAAAUUGUAACUGGUCAGAGUUGGAGGAUCUGUCAGGCGUUCAAACACUUAGGCAGUGAGAGAAGUAAAGAAGACUAAAGCAAAACUGAUAUGAUUCUUGGGCAGUCAGUAUAAGAAGAUAAUGAGGAUGAUGGUGAGGAGUGUAAAUCGAAAGAUGGCUAUAGGAUGGGCAAAAGAAUCUAAGGGAUGUUUAUCCUCGACAAUGACGAGGGCCUCUAAUACCUGGAAGGACAACCAGAGCUCACAAAUAUUAUUGUCUCCACCUCUUGUCACUCUCGACCUUCCAGACAUUUGGGCUGCCAAAUCCACCCACUAUGAUCCCCUAUCAGGCCAGAAAAUCUCCAAUGUGCAGAUUGCCACGGUAAUUAAUGGGAAGUUAAUUGCAGAGGAAAUCAGGUCAAGAGUAGCCUCUGAAGUAAAAAGGAUGAAGGAGUGCAUUGGCAAGGUUCCUGGUUUGGCAGUAAUUUUGGUGGGCGAGAGAAGGGACUCACAGACUUAUGUCCGUAACAAGAUCAAAGCUUGUGAAGAAGCUGGAAUCAAAUCUGUGAUGGCUGAACUUCCUAACUAUUGUGCUGAAGAUGAUGUUAUGACUGCGGUGUUAAAGUUUAAUGAGGAUCCAUCAGUUCAUGGUAUUCUUGUGCAGCUUCCUCUACCAGAGCAUUUGGAUGAGGAGAAGAUUUUGAAUGUGCUGAGUCUGGAAAAAGAUGUGGAUGGCUUCCAUCCAAUAAAUAUGGGGAAUCUUGCCAUGAGAGGGAGGGAACCGCUGUUCAUUCCCUGCACACCUAAGGGUUGCCUCGAGCUAUUGAUCCGAUCUGGUGUGGAAAUAGCGGGAAAGAAGGCAGUAGUGAUUGGAAGAAGCAACAUUGUGGGAUUGCCCAUAUCUUUGCUACUGCAGAGGCACCAUGCAACUGUCAGCAUAGUACAUGCUUGUACAAAGAAUCCUGAACAGAUCACACGUGAAGCUGACCUAGUAGUCUCAGCAGCAGGGGUGCCUAGUCUGAUACGUAGCAGUUGGCUAAAGCAAGGUUCAGUUGUUAUUGAUGUUGGGACAUGUCCAAUUGAGGACCCCAGCUCUGGAGUUUGGAUACCGUCUUGUCGGGAUGUUUGCUAUGAAGAAGCAUUGAGGUUGCUUCUGCAGUUACUUCCCCCGUACCUGGAGGCGUUGGACCCAUGACUAUUGCCAUGCUCUUGUGCAACACUCUUGAUUCUGCAAAACGGUGUAUGGGUUUGCUUGACUAGCGCAAGGCAUGGUGCU